AUUGUUUUCCGAAAUGAAAUGAAAAUUGAAAACGUUGCAUUGUGGAAUUUUUAUACAUUUUUUCAAUAAUUUCUCGAUGUAAACUCCAUUUUUCGAGUAAUUUUUCACCGAUUAAUACUUGAUUACUUCAGUCGUUAAUGACUUAAUGUUCAGUCGCGCAGAAAACACCUAUAAGUUCAUACUCUCAAUUCUUUCUCCUCAUCGUACCACACACAACACCGAUUGAUUCAACGCUCUGAAAUGAAACCAAUCUUACUUCAUGGGCACGAGAGAGCUCUCACCCAGAUAAAGUACAACCGAGAAGGCGAUCUCUUAUUUUCGUCGGCCAAAGAUCAUCGUCCCAAUGUAUGGUAUUCGUUAAACGGAGAAAGAUUAGGAACAUUUAAUGGGCAUUGCGGUGCUGUAUGGUGUAUCGAUGUCGAUUGGCAAACUAGGCGAUUUUUGUCAGGAGCUGCUGACAACAGUUUACGAUUAUGGGAUGUUUCGAACGGAGUUGAAAUCGGAGUAUUGCAAGCUGAAAGCGCCAUAAGAACGUGCGUUUUUAGUUACUCGGCCGAUUUAGCUGUUUACUCUACCGAUGCUACUAUGGGUUUAAGUUGUGAAAUGUCCGUUAUCGAUGUACGCAAUGCGGACGAAUCUUUCAGUGAUUCAUCUCCUAUUAUUCGAAUGCCUGUGAAAGAGUCUAAAAUCACGUCGGCUAUCUGGGGUCCUUUGGAUAGAACUAUUAUCACCGGUCACGAUGACGGUUCAAUUACCCAAUGGGAUACACGAAAUGGUAGAAUAAUCAAUACCAUUAAAGAACAUAGAAACGCCAUCAACGAUUUACAAAAGAACGUCGAGGGUACCAUGUUUAUCUCGGCUUCCAAAGACUGUUCGUCCAAAUUAUUCGAUAUCGAGGAUUUAAAUGUAAUGAAAACAUACCAAACCGAAAGACCCGUGAAUAGUGCUUCAAUAUCGCCCAAAUUUGAUCACGUGGUAGUUGGAGGUGGUCAAGAAGCUAUCGAGGUUACCACCACUUCGACUAGAGUAGGAAAAUUCGACGCUAGAUUCUUCCAUUUAGUAUUCGAAGAAGAAUUCGCUCGAGUUAAAGGUCAUUUCGGUCCCAUAAAUACGCUCGCUUUUCAUCCAGAUGGAAAAAGUUUCUCAAGUGGAGGAGAAGAUGGUUUUGUUCGAAUUCAAUCGUUUGAUCAAUCUUAUUACGAUUUUAAAUUUGAUUUUUAAGUAAAUAGUUUUUAUAUUUAUUCCUCUUUUUCUUUCUUUUUUUUUUAUUUAUUCGUCGUCAUUUUGGUUAAUGAUCGAAUCGCUGUUAUUUAUAUGCGUUGAAAUAUAACUUUAAUUUCAAUGAAA